UAUAAAGCUCCGCCCCGGAGGUCUGCACAGCACAGACCGGCGAGGACGCGCAGCAGCAGACGGGCACCGCGCACUCCACCCGGGUAAGGAAACACCUGUGGCUGCGGGAGCGAAACGGCAGAAAAUCAAAGGAAUCAUCAGCAGACUUGCAGCUCCAGCGAGCGUCUGGGGUCCGCCAUGUGGGUCCUGGAUAAGAUACGCGGUUCGGUGGAGACCGGCGAAAAGAAAGAGGUGGCCCCGCCCUACACCAACGUCCUCACCCCCGACAGCAUCCCGGACUUUUUCAUCCCGCCCAAGCUGGUCAGCUGCCCUGCAGAGCCAGAGGCCCCCGCUGUGAAGCCCAAGGAGGGCCUGCAACCGUCCACUUCGGAGCAAACCAUCUGCAGCGGGAAGAAGAUUGGCGCCCCAAAGAGCCCGCGUCUGGUCGCCAAGCUCGCCGGAGACACCAAGAACCUCCUGAAGGCGGCCAACCGCCACAUCAUUCAGAUAGAGAGCGCCGAUGAAGUCGUCACCGGGGACACCAACGCCGACCCCCAAUCGCAGAGUGCCAUGUCUCUCCCUUACAUCCCCAAGACCCAAACCUCGUACGGGUUCGCCACCUUGAAGGAAAGCCCCCACACUCGGCGUAAGGAGUCGCUGUUCCACUGUGACGCCAUCAGUCCCAUCCCUUCCCCCAACAGUCAGAGCAAGACAACGAGCAAGAGCGGCGACGGCGGGAACCAUCUGAACCCGGCCGACUGCAACGCCUCCCACAUUAACCCCUACCGCUACUUCAGCGGUGGCGAGAGCGAUACCUGUUCCUCGGCCGAGUCGUCCCCCUUCAGCUCCCCCCUGCUGUCCCGCUCCGCCUCGCUUCUCAAGAUCUUCACCCACGAGACGCAGGCCAAGGUGGUGAAGGCCAAGCGCACCUUCGCCCGCCACAGCUCCCUCUCCACCGACGAGUGCAGCUCGGCCGAGCCCAGCCCCAGCCUCCAGCGCCGCCUGCACAUCCCCUCCUUCCACUUCUCCGCGCCUGCGCAGGAGCACGGCCUGCAGCGGGAGCACACCAUCAACUUGCACAAGGGUGGCACCGUCAGGAUCUGCGCCAACUACGACGCUGGCACCUCCCGCCUGCGCAUCCGAGUACUGGCGGCCGAGAGCCUUUACGACGCGCGCUGCGACAUCAAGAGCAUCAACUGCUGCGUGGCGGUCUACCUGAACCCCGGCAAGCUGCAGAAGCAAAGGAGCAACAUCAUCAAGAACAGUCGCAACCCCGUCUUCAACGAGGACUUCUUCUUCGACGCCAUCAGCUCCGUCCACGUCAAAAACCUCUCCGUCAAGUUCAAGGUGGUCAACAAAGGCACCAGCCUCAAGAGGGACACGCUGCUGGGGGAGCGGGAGGUCCUCCUGACCAAGCUGCUUUCCGGGAUCUAGACCCAGGAUUUAGACCGGGCUCAAGACUUGGACCUUGAAGACUUGUUUGCACUGCUUUCUGCUUGACAACUCCUCCUUCUCCUGUCUGCACUUCAGGAGAUAAAAGCAUUGCCACCUUUCCACCAAGCAAUACGCUUCCUUUAGUCUGCCUUUGGUCCGCCCUGAUCUUACCCGAAAGGUACUGUACCGUAAAAAGGAAAGGUUUGGAUUCAGAAGUUAUCCGUCCACCAACCAAUGGACUGCAGAAAGUGGCCCCGCGCUUUUGGGACCCUAAAGCAGGUAGUACCUCAAGUGAGGGUACUAAAAUCCCGCUAUGGUAAAGGUGGGGAUUAGUAGAACCACCCCUUGCGUACGGUACCACUGCGGUUGUUGCCCAUCCAGAAGAGUAGUUGGUACCCCAACUAAGGUCUACCAAAAACUUCUGGUAUGUUUCGUAUUGAUAAGGUAGAAUUGUACAGCAACCAAUGAAUGGACCCUGUUGGUACCAUACCUCUGCAGUUGGUGAAGGGUGCCAAAAAUGUAUACCGGGACCAACCAGGCAUUUGAGCAGAAAAACGUAGAAGCUGAGUGGAGUGAGCGGAAGCGUACUGCUUGGUGGAAGAAGCUCGCCGGGAGCAGGAAGACGAUGUCGCGUAUCCUGCUCCGCAUGUGCCUGGUGACACCCCCUCCCCCGACUUGUGCUGUUGCAUGGUGGUGGUCUUGUCAUGUGACCUUGUCAUGUGACGCUGAUGACGUUCAAGCGCGUUUUUGUUCAACGCUCUGCUUUGAAGCAACGCAACAUCCUGAUGUGCAAAUCAUGCUUUUCAUCCCAAACACACUAACGCCUUCAUGCAGGCCGCAGCGUAACGCUCUCUCUCUCUCUCUCUCUCUCUCUCUCUCUGUGUAAGCAGGUGUUCAAUGCAAGACACAUUCCUCUUUUAUUUCUUUGUACUUUGCGUUUAUUGGAAACAUUUACGUCACCACUCACUGGACGCUUACGUAUCUUAAUUACAUUAAUGAUGGUAACUAACUUAUUUCAUUCAUUACGUUAACAUUUUUAUCGUAAUUAACGCACGCGCACCAUCAAACCGCCCCUCCCUGUUGUGACGACAGACAGAGGUACAGUGGAGUGUCCCCGCAGAAUCUGUCGCUCUCUUAUAACUUCAUUCUGACCUGAACACGUCAACGUCGGAGCAAUUCCAACAGCGUACAUAUACCCCAUGUACCUCCAGCUCACAAACACGCCUGGAGGCCUCCUCGGAAGCACACUUCCUCGUUGUCACUUGACCACAGCGAGAUGCAUUCAUGGGCACUCCGAACAUCUUUAUCAUGUGUCUAAGUGUGGUCUAAAUAAACAGAAAGACAAAGAAAAACAGAAAGUGGAUAUUCUUAUCACCCACUAACGUAACUCUUAAUGCAGAAGUACAGUUUGAUGGAAAUCCCAGAAAAUACGUCGACACGCAAAACGGUGAAUUCAACUGAAAAAAUGACGAGGCGCCUUUGAAGGCCACCCGUCAUUGCUCAUCAUAACACGAUUAAAGUGUGGUUGAAAGGCCGUGCUACCAGAGUAAGGGUCAGUAAAUCGAUGUCACGUGAUUUCAAUUUUCAGUUCAUUUGGAGCCGUCACAUGCAAAUAUAUAUCAUGCUGUCCUGUCAUUUGUCUUUUUGUUCAUAAAGUCAAAACAUGAAUCACGAUUUAAGCUGUGUUAGCCUGUGCUAUGUCACGUUACGCUAUGCUAUGCUACGCUACAAGCAUGUUAUGCUAUACUAUAUUAUGUUAUGAUAACACUUGGUACCGUAGCUUAACUGUGCGAUUGGAUCCAGAAGUGAUGAUUAGUCAUUCACCAGCCAGUGAAGUGUCUAGCUCCACCCCCUAGGGACCGUACAACUGUGGGUACGACCCCCAGCUGGGGGGUGCCAAAUACUUGUCUAUUGAUGAAUGAAUGGAGGAUGGAUUGGAUUAACAGAUUAACGAUGCGCGAUAUCAUUUUUUAAAACUGAUAGUGAUAACUCUCUCCUUCUCAAGGCCAACAUGAUACAGAUAACUGACAAGUUUUUUUUUAAUAUCUACUUUAUUUUAAAAUGUAGAUAUAAGUGUAGUUUGUGCACACCUGGAGGUAAGAAGGACCGGAACUAGUGAGGAUUUUUUGGAUUAGUCCUAAUGAAACAUCAUGACAUCCCUACUACCAGGAGAACCAGAUUAUAGAGGGGGAGGAGCCACCUGCUGUGCCCAGCAAGGUGCGCUGUAUUGGGGCACACGCCCCGAGCAGCCGGUGCGACGCCACGGACGUCUGUGGCAAACCUUUUGCGCUUUUCCUUGGGUUUUUUCCCCCCUCAUCGCGAACGUGUGUUUACAAGUGCGGGUAAUCUCGCCACAUCACUUUUUAAAAUGGUCGGUUAUCGGUAUGAUGUCAUAAUUUCCAUCCCCUCCACGCCUUGCUAGCGACCUGUAGUGUCGUGCCCACGUGGUGGCUGCCAUUUUCAGAGCGUAGCAAAAAAAAAAAGCCAUUAAAAAAAACGAAAUGCUCUGUGUGGCUCCAUCUUUGCUCCUGAUUUUUGAACUGCUUUCUUUUGCAUGUUUCAUCUUUCAAGCCCGGCCUGCUCCCUUUUACAAACGUUAAAAAAACACAACAAAAACGGAAUUGAGAAAGCAGAGCGUCUUGAAGUGACGUUGUGAUGUCACACACCUGAUUGUGUGUGGACUUAUGCAAACACGGCUGAGGGUGAGCACGUGUGAGACGGUGCAUGGAUGGCAUGAACACCCUAAAGCCUUACUUUGUACUUUAUGCCACCUGGACACAACAUUAGGCACACCUUGCAUUUCUCACGUUUUGUUCCUAAAGUUGCGUCCACUGUGUGUGUGUGUGUGUGAUCAUGCCUUUUGGUCCCAAGGUGGUGUGUGUGAAACGUUUAGUAAGGGUGGGGUGUUUGCAUGUUGACUGUUUUUUCAACCUAUGAAGUGAUGUUGCCUGAAGCGAUUUCCCGCCAAGUGUUCCACGUUCCGGCGGCGUGGAGACAUCCGACAUGACGCAAAGGCCUCGAUAUUCUCGGUGUAGUUUGUCACGCAGCUCGACUCGUUGUCAUGUGACCCAGUGAUGUGCUUCUUGCACGCCGGCGGGAACUCGCGCGCUGUCGUCAAGCUGAAGCUUUCUCUCCACGCCAGCGUGAACCCAAUAAAAGGCCUGACGUUCACCACGAGAAAGCCGGUCCAGUAGUCGGCCAGCGUGCGGCCAAAGGCAGCUUUCUGCAAAGGACUCUUGUGUGAUGAAGUGAUUGGCAUAACUGUUUUCUUGUCAAUGAAAAAGACCAAGAAUAAACA